AUGCCUAGCGGAACAACUUCGACAUCAGGGAAUAUAGCCGGAGCUCAGGCUGGAUCAACAAACGGAGGAACCGCCCGAACCGCUGCUGCUGCUGCUGCUGCAGACAAAAGAGCCAAUGAUAAUAUGGACAAGAGAUCAAACGAGAACAAUGAAAAUGGCUCGUCUGGGGUUGCUAAGAGACAGCGGCUAUCGUUUGUGUGCCAAGCAUGCAGAAAAAAUAAGACCAAGUGCGAUAGGGAAAAACCGCGCUGUGGCCGAUGCGUCAAGUACUAUCUCAAGUGUGUAUACGACGUGGAACAACAGAAACCACCAAGGGUGCCCUCAAAGGAUGCUAUUAUCAAGAGACUCACUGGUGAAGUAGAGUACUGGAAACGGAAAGCUGAAGAGAUGCAGGGUUCUAAUAUGGGAAGUCCAAACAUCUCGGAGACCGAUACUGUAGCCACGAACAACAUUAGCAACGGAAGCAACAGUAACAACUCAUCCACUAAUAAUAACUAUGAUAAGAACAAGAAGGAAAAGAGUGUGGACGGCAUUUCGCUACUUGCAGAUGUAUCGGCACUCAGCCCUAAACCAAUGACUGUGAAAAGAAGCUCCUCGAUGGUUCCCGAUCCACAGGAGAUGCAGCUAAAUUUUUACAGAGAGUUCCCUCAGAUCACUAUGAAGUAUUCCAUGAAACGCGAUGUAAAGCCAAUCUCGGCAUUCGCUCAUGUUUAUAGAGAUAAGCUAUUAUCCCUUUUUGGCGCUUCCAUUUUCUCUAGUGCAUCAAAAAACGCAUUGAUCCAUUCACUACCGACGGAUGAUACAAACCCCUUCCAUAAGUCCGAGACCCAGUUCAAGCAGAACGCCAUAUUCCUCAGGGACUCUAUGAUACAACUUUGUGAAACCGAAAUCGAGAAGCAAAAAGUCAUCGAAUUCACUAAUAGAAUCAUGGGAGAACAAGACGAAAAGAAGGAACAUUCUUCCCUCUUUAUAUCUUUGAUGAAGGCAAAACUGGAAAAUAAACAUAUCGAGGAUUCCUGCUCUCGUGGGCGUAUGUCUCCAGAACUUAGCCAAUUAAAGGAAAACUUGGAAAAGGCGUUGCCCACUUUGGAUGACAUGGAGAUUUAUAAAUCUCACUUUUAUGAAUACAUCUAUCCAAAUAUCCCUUUCCUAGAUAUCGAACUCUUUGAGGAAGGUCUUAAAGAACUUUUGUCGCCCAAUGAUGGAACGGACGGUAAAAACGUCAUUAUUACACUAGGUACUAGAAAUAUCAGAUCAAAGAUAUGCUUAAUUGCAACUCUUAUUAACGUGUUGAGAAUUAGUUACUUGUGCAUGAUUUUCACUUUCAACACUUCCAGAGUUCCGGUAUUCGAUGCCGCAACGCUAAAGGUGUUAACUACAAGCCCAAUGACUUCAACCCUUAUCAUGCUCUCUCAAGAAUGUAUUUCUAGUGUUAAUCUAUUAAGUUGGACUACAGAAGACGGUAUCAUAGCUUUAAUGUAUCAUUGGGCAGUAUAUGUGUUCACCUCUGAAGAAGGUGACUGCUAUCUCGGUCAACCAACGGACGCGCUCAUAUCUCUUGUAAGUAACCUGGCUAUUAAUAUCGGUCUACAUCGGGAUCCAUCUCAUUAUAAGAUAUUAAACGAUCCAACCAUUUGUGAUCCAAGAAUUAUAAGACUAAGAAAGCGUCUAUGGCUUUGUAUCUUUAUAAUGUGCCGCCAUGAAACGACUUUGAAGGCAAGGUACCAUCAAAACUCACACAUUUCGCCAACUGGAUUCUCUAUAAGUGAUGAUUCUUCAAAAUCCCUUUGGUUCCAAGACUUUGGGAAUCCAGACUCAUCGGAUUUAUUCUCACUUAACAUGAACAGCUGGACUAUAAAAAGACAUCAACUAUUUCUGUUACUCUCUGAAACAGAUGCUGUUACUAUGAACUUGGAUACAUAUAUGACUCUUUACGAUCUUGAUGCAUGGUUGGAAAAAGUGAAAACUAUGCUGGAUGAAGAAUUUCCACUUGACAACUUAAUCAAUGGUGCCACAAAUUCUAAAACAUUCAAUCUUAAUUUGAAAGGUAACAAACAAAUUCCCGUUAAUUUUCUGUAUAUUGAAAAUGCAUUAAGCUUCCAAUCACAAUUGAUUGCUAGGAUGGCUAUGCUAAGAAUCACUACAUGUCUAAUGGCCCACUUUGAAAACAGGUUAAGUGAAACUGCUCAUGACUACACACCUUACUUUGUAAAAUAUUUCAUCGAAUCCUUUAGGUCUCUUUUGGAGCUUCUCAAACUAUAUCAAAGUUACUUAAGUGGUGAUUAUGACUCUGCAAUAUCACCUUAUAUGAGAUAUGCUACCGAUAAGAUCUGUGAAGUCUGUCUCUCUUCUGUUCUUUUAACAUUUUUGGGUAUGUUAAUUCGAGUCACACAUACAGAAUACUGCCUUGUGAAAAGAACUGUUGACAGAAAAGGAUUAUACGAACCAACAAGUUAUAUCCCUAAAGAAAUGAAAGAAAACGAAGAAAAAUUAGCAACCGUCACUGCUAUCAAAAAGGGACUGGAAACCGCAAUGCAAACUUUGCUUUCUUUAAUAACAAAAAGACUAAGAUUCACCUAUUUUUCUGCUUUCAAGAUGUCAAUUUUCUUCGAUUAUGUACUCCAGAUUAUCAAAAAACAAGAUAUCCUGGGCGUCUUGAACAGAGUAUUCGAUUUAUCCUUUUCACCAAAAGUCAGAAAAGAAGUUUACAUGGGUACUGGUGUCGACAUAAAUGAUAAGCAGGCCGUGAUGUUAGCUUUGGAUAAGGGUAAUAGAAUUUCUGUGGCUAGUAAUGAAAGGUUCCAAGAAAUCUUAGCAGUAAUGGAAGCUUUGCAGAUCUCACCCAACAAUACAUCAAAUGAAGAACCAAUCAAUAAUUAUGAAAAUGGCACUUUGUCUACAUUAGACAAAGUCUCGCAUCACGAUACAUCUGAAAGGCUGUCAACUUUCCCACUUCAAACGGGACAUCCAACAACUCAUGAUACCGACCUAAUAGAUGCCUAUAAUAUGACAACUUUGUUUGAUGGCACUGCAUUCGAUCUAUUUGAUUAUGAUUUCUUACUUGGUCCCUCAGAAUAA